AUGGGAGGGGACCCCGCUGCUGCCCUUCACUUCUUCUGGGCCGUGGCCCGCGAUCUUUCGGGACUCGGGCAGCGGUGCCCCGACGUCUCAUUGAGCUGCCCAGAGCAGCACUGUCCGGCCUGUCCGGGGGUCACGUGCCCGGACAACAGCGCCUGCUACCAGCUGGUGGGCGAGUUCGCUGCGGCUGCGCGUGGCGGACGGUCAGCGCCGGAGUGUCCGGCGGCACAGGCCUGCGAGGCCUGCGAGAGCUGCCUGGACGCGUGCCCCGCGUUCCCGUGGCUGCUGAUCCUGCUCCUCUGCUGCCUGGCGGCGGGCUGUGGCGGGGGAGGCUGCCUUCUCGGGCGGCUGUGCGGGCGGCGCGGCAGGCUGGUCCACUCGGCGGCCGAGGCGGAGCCCUUCAAGCAAGUCCUCAUCGAUUUUUUCGACGACGAGAACGGGCUGUUCUGGCACGCCCGGAUCCUCCUGAUCCCAGGAGGUCAAGGGAGAUGGAUUGUGUGCUCGCCGACGCUGGCUGUUCAGGUCGCGGACCUCUCGACUCAUCGGAUCCGCAUUCUUCGGCGUGGGGAGCCGAUCGACCCGGUGUACCUUCGCGAGGCGUUCGUCUUCGACGAGGAGCUGGAGGAGGGGGAGUUGGCUCGGAUCCGGGCCGAGGCGUACGAGCUCGCAGAGAACGCCACCUGGCGGGUCGCGGACACAGCCCAUCGGGCCUUCGGGGAGAUCGUUCCACUGGACGCUCUUCGAGACCAGGAUGGCUGCACGCUGGGCGACAAAGUGGGCUGGGUGACGAUCGACGACGCGGGGGUUGUGAUCGAGCAGGUCGUGGACGACAAGCUGGAAGCAUGGCUUUCGGCCAAGCGGUGCGGGCCGGGGCGCGAUCCCCGGCUGCUCGGAGAUUGGCCAGAGGCCGCCGAGGAGUUCAUGGUGAACAUGCUCCGGGUGGGCUUCAACUUCGUGACGCACAACCUGGACUGGGAGGCCAAGAGCGGCGUGUCGUCGAAGUCAGGCCUGGCCCGCGAGCACCGGCAUCUGAGCAGCGCGCUCUUCGUCGCGCAGUCGGUGGACCAUGCUGGGUCCCCAGGCGCUGAGCUCGACGCGGCGGUACCGCUAUGCCUGGGGAAGAGAAGGGAGCCCGACGCCAUGGAGAGCCCUUCCCAGUUUUGGUACCUGAACAAGUUCGGCCUGAACUACGCGGUGUGCCCCGCUAUCUUCGGCAAAGACUUCGGAGGCGGGCUAGCCCAGGGGGCCCUCAAGGAGCUCCUGCGCACCAAGGACCUGUACGGCCUCGAGCCCAGCAACCUGGGAUCGUACGCGUACGAGCGGGUCAAGAUUCUCGAGUGUGGCAUCACGGUCCGCGACGUCCUGGACCUGGUGCCGCCUGACCAGCGUGACAUGCUGGCCAACCCGGAGAAGCACAUCCUCCGCGACAGCUCCGACCUCGAGCGCGCGAACGAGCAGGAGAUGCCGUUCUCGCCCUUCUGGGACCCGAAGCUGCGCUUCUCCAGGAAGGAGCGCUACCGGCUGCUCGCGAGGCUCAAGGAGCUUGGGCUGCUGGGCUUUCGGCGGAGCAUCCGAGCGAGGAUGGGGAUCUUCUUCGUCUCGAAGAAGGACGGGGCCCUGCGCCUCAUCGUCGACGCGAGGGAAGCCAACCGGAUGUGUCGCCGCCCGCCGCACACGUGGCUGGGGACCGUGGCGGCGCUCGGGCCCCUCGACCUUUCAGACAGCUCGGUCGGCUCGGACGAGCCGGUCAACGUCAACGCAGCCUCGGUCGACCUGUACAAUGGUUUCUACCAGUUUCGCAACCGCAAGCUGGGCUCGCUGUUCGGGAUCGACUUCGCCGAGCGCGCUGACGUCUGGGGGGUCAGUGAGAUCUUCGACGAGGAGCGGGAGUGUUUCGUGCCGGUGGGACCGGACGAGAUGCUCUUCCCUGUCUUCGAGGGGCUGCCCAUGGGGUGGUCCUGGGCGCUCCACUUCUGCCGCGCCAUCACCUCCGAGGCGGGCAGGACGGAGACGAGCCUGCUGCAGGACCGGCACGCGCCGGAGGCGCCGCGGCCCGAGCUGGCCUACCGGUUGCCGUACGUCGACAACGCCAACGUCAUCGGGCUCAGCCGAGCCGCCACGCAGCGCGCCCUGGACGCCGUCAAGGGCGACCUCGACAAGAGCGGGCUGCACUACCACGAGGAGAACUCGCCCGCCGAGACGCUCGAGCUGCUGGGGGUGGAGUUUGAUGGCCGGCGUCGUCUGCUACGUCCUAAGCCUCGGCGCAUUUGGCGGCUCCACUUGGCGCUGCGCGCCGUGCUGCGCCGAGGCCGCUGCAGCGGGUUCGUCCUGCAGGUUCUGGUCGGCCACAUCGUACAUCACUGCCAGCUGCUGCGCUUCGGGCCCUCGGCGCUCGACAAGGUAUGGUCCUUCAUGUCCGAGAGCGGCGGCAAGGAGGUUCGCCUGUGGGCGUCCGUCCGGUGGGAGCUGGAAGUGUCCUCCUGGCUCGUCUUCCUGGCCGAGGCCCGUCUCAGCGCAGAGCCUGCCAGCGUCGCCUUUUGCGGCGACUCCUCUGCCGUGGGCUACGCGCUGCACGUCGCCUCCGUCUCGGGACCCGAGUUUCGGGCCGUGGCGCGCUACCGAGAGCGGUGGCGCUUCGACGCGGUCGAGCGGAGCGACGAUGGCUGGGGGGCCGUGGGCGGCUGGUCGGCCGAGUGGCGAGCCUCGCCAGACCCGGCAGGGUCUCUCGGUGGCGGCCCUCGCGAUCUCGGCGGCGGACCUGCGGUUGGCUGCCGGCCGUGGUGCGACAUCGAGACCGUGGAUCGGCCAGCCGAGGAGGUGGGGAUCCCGCCGCUGCCGGACGCGCUGCUCGCGAGCAAGCGCUGGGCGAUGGUCAUCAAGGGCGCGUGGCAGCACGACGGGGUCAUCCAUGAGAAGGAGGGCCGCGUGCUGCUCAUGGGCCUGGUGCGGGCCUCGAGGUGUGUCGGCCUUCGCGGGAGGAGAGUUCUCUCGAUCGGGGACAACCUCUCGAGCCUCUGCAGCUUCGAGAAGGGGCGCUCGGGCAGCUUUGCCCUUCGGCGCCUGUGCCAGCGCGCCGGGGCCCUCUCCAUCGGCUGCGAGCUCGACUGGUCCCUUCGCUACGUGGAGAGCAAGAGGAACCCGACCGACUUCGACUCGAGGGCGGCCGAUCGAGGCGAGCUGCCUGCCGGGACCUCUGUCGCUGGCCGGCACGGCCGGGCGCUGCUUCAGCGAUGCUCGCAGGCCGACCUCAACAUCGGGUGCCCCAUCGAGAUCUCGAGGGGCCCCCACAUGGACGUCUCGAGGCAGAGGACCCAGAGGCACAUCAAGGGCUUGGUCAAGCAGGGGCUCGUGUGGUACCUCCACCUGGGGUGCUACCAGAGCCCGUGGAAGGACGCCGUCAAGCACUGGGGCCAGCGCGUGGUGUUCGCCGCGAUCGCCGACCACUGGCUCGAGCUGGGCACGACCGAGUCCAUCCUCGCCGCUGCCUGCGGCGCCUUGCAGUUCGACACCUACCUCCGUCCAGCGGCUGCGGUCAACCUGCCCCUCGAGCACGUGGUGUUGCCCUCGGGCAGGGCUGGCGACCGCUAUGACAAGGUGGCGCUGAUCGUGGCCCCUUCGAGUGGCACAGCACCUCGGCCUAGCAAGAAUCAGCAGUUUGACGACACCGUGAUGGUUGGGUCUAUCGACCGAUCUCGUGGUUGGCUUCGGCAGCUUGUUCGACAGCUAGUUGCCAGAACCAGAGCGCGUCGGGUCCAGCGCCUGUUCAACGAGCUCCCGCUGUCCACCUACGAGCGCCUGUUCCGCGAGGCCAGCCACCGACUAGGGCUGGCAGCGCUGAGAGUGUCGCCGCACACGCUGCGGCACGGCGGCCCUUCCCUCGACUACCUGAACGGCCUCGCCACGCUUCCAGUGCUGAAGAAGCGCGGCGGCUGGCUCAGCGACCGCUCCGUGGCGAGGCGCGGCGGCCUCCGGGUCGGCGCGCCGCCGCCGCCCGCCGCGGCCGAGAGCCCGCCGCCGCCGCCGCCGCCCGAGGCCAGCAAGGGCGUCGGGAGCGAGGCUUGUGCCGCCCGAGUUGCGCCGCCGGCCCCCGCCGAGGGCCCGCCCUCGGCCCGCGAGCCGCCGCGGCCCGCCGGCGCGGACGGCCCCGCCGCGGAGCGGCUGCUGCAGGCCCUGGGGGGCCUGGAGCCGCUGCUGGCGGCGCUGCCCGGCGCGUGGGAGCUGCAGGAGGAGGCGUGCGAGGCCUACGGCCGCCUGCGUUCCGCCCUCCUGCUGGCCGCGGCGCUCCCGCCGGGCGUUUCGGCGGCGGCGGCGCAUACGGGCGGGAGCGCCGCCGCUGCGGCGGGACCACCCCCUGGCUGGCGGCCGCCGUGCGGUGCGGGGAAGUGGCCUGCGGCGCAGGGGAGGCCAGCGGCCGCCGCCCCGCUGCCCCUGCGCGACCUCGCCGCCACCCUGAGCGCGGGGUCCGGUCCUGGACGCUGGCGCCGCAGCGGCGCCAGCCCCGGCAGCGGCUGCGGGGGCGCUCCCGCGUCCCACCGCAGCGGCGCCGUCGCCGGCGGCGGCUGCGGGGACGCUCUUGCGUCCCACCGCAGUGGCGCUGGCGCAGGCGGCAGCUGCUGGGGCGCUCUCGCGUCGCACCGCAGCGGCGCCGGCGCCGGCGGCAGCUGCUGGGGCGCUCUUGCGUCCCACCGCAGCGGAGAUCGCAGCGGCGCCGUCGUCAGCGGCAGCUGCGGGGGCGCUCUUGCGUCCCAUCGCAGCGGCGCCGUUGCCGGCGGCAGCUGCGAGGGCGCUCUCGCGUCCCACCGCAGUGGCGCCAACGCCGCCGUCAGCUGCGUGGGGGCUCUGGCAGUUGCGGCAUUCGUGUCGCCCCCGUGA